ACAGAAAAUGCAAAUCUUAGCGAUAAGUUUGCUGGCGCUGUUUGGCGUACAUCAGCUCUAUGCGCAUAGCAUCUCUACGUCACGCAACUUUACCGUUGAUUGGAAUAAUGAUCGUUUCUUGAAGGAUGGCGAGCCAUUUCGAUUCAUAGCUGGUUCUUUUCACUACUUUCGCGCGCAUCCUGAUAGUUGGCAACGAAAGCUACAGACGUUACGUGCGUCCGGCUUGAAUGCAGUGACGACGUACGUGGAAUGGUCACUGCAUAAUCCAAAAGAUGGCACUUACGUGUGGAAUGGCAUUGCGGAUUUGGAGAGAUUCAUCAAGCUAGCAGAUGAGCUGGGUCUACUAGUUAUUCUGCGUCCUGGACCUUAUAUAUGUGCGGAACGUGAUUUUCUACACUUGGCUUACCCACAAUGUUUAAGUGUUACAAGUUAA